GUGGUGCGCAUCAUAAACUUAGGUUUUCUUUUGUUUUGUUGUUACUCGUUUUUUGUUUUUCGUUUUUUUGUUAGUGAAUUUAUAAUUUAUCAGAAAUGGAUGAGAACUAUAAAUGCCCACUUUGUGGGGAACGCUUCGAAUCUGAGGAAAUUAUUAAAAAUCACAUGAAAAGCUGCAUUGAUUCGUCUUCGAAUUUGAACCAAACCCCAAUUGAUCCCGCAGCGAACGGGGUAAUCACUUCUCAACCGAUCGCCGCCAAUGCAACUAGUUUUGCGCAACAAUCCGUACCAUCUCGAAAUGCACCCGAUGAAUAUGUCGGUUGUUGUUACGGCUGUUGCAGCGAUGAAGAUGGUGAUGCGUACACUAGUGACCACCAGCGAGGAAUAACAUCAACAACAUCUUCAUCGGACCACGUGGAGCCGCUUGGGGGUGGUGGAGGUUGGUUUAGCAGUAGUGGUGACAAUGGAGGCGCCAACGAUAACGACUGCAAGUGGGAUUCGGGAGGUGGAGGAGGAGGUUGCGAUUCUGGAGGAGGUGGUGAUUCUGGAGGAGGCGGUUGUGGGGGUGAUUCCGGAGGUGGAGAUUGUGGUGGAGGGGGAUCUAGUUCCUGUGAUUGAUAAACAGGUUUGUUAAUAAGAAAAAUGUAUAAGUGUUAUUCAGUGAGUUAUUUUUUAACCACAUCUACAGUAUUUACAAUCGUUUAAAUUUUGAAUAAAAUGCGUUUUUUUAUAACAA